ACCACAGAAUAGAUAAAAUUACCUUCGCAUAGAUAACAAUAUCAAUUGAUAAGCAAUAAAGCAAGCGAAUUUGCUCCGAACUUCAUGUGUAUGACACGCAAUUAUAAAAUCGUGUGGACUGGCGUUCGACUUUGAUCUGCGGAUUGGGUGAAAGUGGUUCGUUAGAAAACGGCGAAAUGUCUCCGAACGUGCAGCUGUGAGCAUCGGUUUCUUAACCCUAGUAGAUUGCAGCGUUCAAAGAAGAUUCGUACCGCUGUCGCCACAGUUAUGAUCUUGGGCCGCCAGAAGAGGACAGCCGUCCGCCGGUUGUCGUCGCCGACGUUUGGCCUGUGCUGUGCCGUCGCUCUGUUUUUCACGAUGCUGGAUGACGCCAAUGGCCAGGCGCAGCCAAUGCCUGCUCAAGAACAGCAGCUACCGCCGGCUCAGCCGACAGCGCCGUGGUACGAGACCUUGCCAGCCGUCGCAAUGGAUUACAAAGUGAUCAUCGACCCGGGCAAAGAGGAUUGUUAUUUUCAAUUUGUCAACCCGGGAGCAACAUUCUACGCAAGCGCUCAGGUGCUGAGAGGCGGUGACGGGAUGGCUGGUUUUGCCGUCAGACAUCCCAACGGGCAAAUUGUUCACCCGUACCAGUGGAAAGCCAGUUCCGAUUACCAAGACCAAGAGUCCACAGGAGGCUAUUACAGUGUUUGUAUAGAUAAUCAGUUUUCCAAAUUUGCUGCCAAAUUGGUAAAUUUGUACAUCACAGUCAUUAGGUAUGAUAAAUGGGAUGAAUACCAUAAAGAAAUAGAAGACAUGAAUGUCGGCGUUGAAAAUUUUACAUCUACCGUGAAAUCAGUUGAAAACAACAUAAAUCACAUGUUGCAACAUCAACACCAUGUCCGUAGUCAAGAAAAUCGUGAUUAUAAUUUAUUAGUUGAUAACAAAACAUAUGUGAACAGAUGGUCGAUAAUGCAAAUUUUGUUAAUAAUGGGAACGACAACUUUACAAGUUUAUUUUGUUCGUAAAUUAUUUGAAACUAAAACUGGAAAGUCAAAAACAAGGGCUUAAAAAAAAUAUCAUAUUUGUGUGUGUAUUAUAUUAUGUUAUUUUAUUAUUAUGUCAUUCCUUUCUUUUUUCUAAGAAUUAUAUAUCUUUUUAUAAAGUAAUAACAUAAAUAAUCUGUGAUUAAUAAAAAUGGUAAAAUAGAA